AUGCAACCACAAGACUUCGUGCCAACAAACAAAGAAGACUGGGCCAAGUCCGAUAUUUACCACAAUAAAUUCCUUAUCCCAGAAGAUCCGGUACUUGAAUUUGCGGUGAAGACUAGUCGGGACAAUGGGUUACCGGAUAUCGCAGUGAGCGCUGCGCAGGGUAAAUUCCUGAACCUCGUGGCACGGUCUAUACGUGCUAAGAGGAUUCUUGAGGUCGGGACGUUGGGAGGGUAUUCUACGAUAUGGCUUACUAGAGCACUACCUGCGGAUGGAAAACUCGUUAGCCUUGAGAUUGACCAGCUACGUGCUAAAGUAGCUCAGGACAACCUUGACCACGCUGGUCUUAUGAACAAAGUCGAGAUUAAAGUUGGUCCUGCCGCAGAUACGUUGAAGGCACUCGAUUCGAGUGAACCCUUCGAUCUCGUGUUUAUUGAUGCCGACAAACCCAAUAAUUUGACGUACUUCCUCGAAGCAAAACGGUUGACUAGGCAAGGAGCCGUAAUUCUCGUUGAUAACGUCGUUCGUUGGGCGAAAGUCGCUUUGGAGCCCGAAGACACUAAUGAUAGGAAUGUGCUGGGAGUCCGAAAACUUUUGAAUCACCUGAAGGACGAUAAGGAGGUAGACGGGACAACGCUAGGCCUGGUCGGUGACAAGGGUUACGACGGUAUACUGUAUGCCAUCAAGAAAUGAUCUCUUUGAGGCAUUUUGAAUACGAAACAGUGCAAGCAGUGCACCCAGGGAAAAGGACGGCAUUAUAAUUCGUGCUAAUUUGGGUAGAGAGCAGCGUGUUGCAAUGUCUAGAGGGAAAUUAUUUUGUACUAUAGAUACGUACUUUUCAGGUGCAUUUUACCGAGUUACUUGAACUGGGUACUAUAGGAGGGUCAUCCCAGCCAGCCAACACUGUGUAUCUUUCCUUCCCUUCUUCGUCAACGACUUUUCGUCUUGAACCCUCGACGAUGCUUGGUGUGUUCGUAAAUCUCCCUAUCCUCUCCAGAACAUCCGCAUCCAUAUUAUAUUUUCUUGCUACCCCUUGUAACUCUUCUCGUGAACGAGCAGCUUUUCUGGACUCCAACGCGUCAACAAGCUCGCUCGCUCGAAGACGGUUCCUGGGAGGUGCAUAGGAUGCUGCCUGUUGUUCAGACGUUUCUCUGGACUGUAGUAAACGCUUCAUGUGGUCAUCCGCUCGAACCGCUGACAUGUGAUGGUCAACCUUGACUGGACCAAGCUGCUUGAGCUUUUGCAUAAAAUCAGGGUCUCCUGCAUCCAUUUCAAUUGAGGCACUUUUAGUUUCACUAGCCAUAGGUACGUUCUUUUUCGGAAGUUGUGACGGUACACCCCUGUCUGUCCUUGCCCCUGCCCAGGCCGCAGAUGGUUUUGAAGGAAGCUUUCG